AUGUUUAGUACGUUCUACUUUUCGCGUCGAGGCGAGAAUUUUGAAGUGGAUAUCCGCGGAUUUGGAGUAUCAUAUCCGUGCUCGUCCGUAUUAGAGGUCGGUGCGGGAGUGAAAAUUUUGCGGGAUUUUUGGGAAAUGAAUGAUUUUGGCUUCUAAACUUCAAAAAAUUUUCGUCUGCGGCGCUAAAAAAUGAAGAAUUUGACUUAGUUAACAGGAUUUUGAGGAUAUUUCGAGGGAUUACUCAUUACUUGGUUUGAAUCUCGGUGCAGGAUCAGGAUAUCCACAAUUUUUAGUAAUAUAUUUUGCGGUUGGAUUAUAUUUUCCUUUUUGAUCAUCUUCCGGCUGAUCACUCUUCCGUUUGAUCCCCAAUCACUAUUCUGGUUUAAUACUAUACUCUCCCGGUUGAUCACUCUCUCGGAUGAUGACACGAUCACCUCUCGGCUGGUGAUACGAUCAGAUGAUCAGUCUAUCCACCUAGCACACUGACUGAGAUCAUACAUGUACGAAACUCCAAAAUUUUUCAGACAAACGAAACAAAAUUUUCUAAAAAAACGUUUUGUUAUCUUACUCCCGCAUGUGAUUUAAGAGGUAGAUCCAUUCUAUAUGUUUCACUCUAAUUAACUGACUCUUGAUAGUAGACUUUCGAUAGUAUGGACUCUCUAAUUAACUGACUCGAUAGCACUUUCGAUAGUUGGACUAUCCAAUAAACUGACUCUCGAUAAUAGAGACUUUUUGGAGACAUCUAAUUAAUCUAUCUAUCCACAUAAGUCUCUUAUAAAGGGAGUUUAAAAAUAUUUUUUAAAAAAAUUUAUUCGCAAAACAGAGGUUCUAUUAACAUACUCUUCAUCCAAUUAUUCAAGUUCCAAGGUGAAGAAUGCUGUCAAUUAUUCAAGUUCCAAGGAGAAGAAUGCUGCUAUUAUUUCUUUUUUAAUUCUAAUCUCUGGGAUCGCAUUAUAAUGUAAGGCUACUAAUGAGGAUGAAGGGAGUGAAAUAUCUUCAUUUUUAAGAUUUCU